ACGGGUUGGCGUCUUGCAUCGAGAGCCUAGGUUUUGAGUGCCCCGACGAGAGCCGCUUGAUGGACCAACUUGAGGAUCACCCCGCUGAAGAUUGUUGUUUGACGGGGACGGCGGAGGAUAUAGGAGCCGAGAUUUGUAGAAGGAGGAGUCAUGGCGUGAGAAAGGAGGUGAGUUCGUUUCCGCCCCCUCUUUCUUCGCUGAACUUGAAUGGUCAGCCGAGUUUCUAUCUCCGACCGGUGAGGAAGGACGGAAGGUUAAAGCUCAUCGAAGUCAGAAUACAUCGGCCCAAGAUUCUGCACGCUUGGCGACACGAUGGACGUCUCACAUUACAUCUCAUACCGGAGGAGGAAAGUAGUAUAGAUAAUUUAGAAGACGACGGGGAGGAAGAGGAGGAGGAGGAAGAAGAAGAAGGUGAGGAGCUGGAGGAAGAAAUGGUAAAAGCAAUAAGAGACGAUGAGGAGGAAGAGUUUAGAUUCGGGGAUUGGAGAUUUGGUAGCGAAGUGUUGAGGAGGUGUCACCAAGAGUUGAAUGAUCAUGGGGGCCAUGAUCACCACCUCCACAAGCACCCUCUGCGACUGCAAAUGCCUGGAAUGGGCAUUGCGUGAGGCAGAGCACGAAUUACGGAAUCAUGGAUUCCAGAAUUCAAAUUAAGGGCGAAAGUACAGAGACGAGAUACGGAUCGGAGGCCUUUCGCGUGUUUAGCUCCGCGUUCAGUUCAGGGACGACCUACACUGCCAUUUUUGCCACAGCAGCAGAGGCCAUCGAUCACUUGUCUCUCUCAAUCGCCAAGGGUUGGCCAGAGAUUCGACGAUGAACAUAACGACCUCC